AUCAUAGUGACUUCAGAUUACCUAUUUCCAGCUGGCACAACAAGAGUCACCUGCGAUGCGCCGACUGCAACAUGUAGAUUCGACGUGGUUGUCUUUGAUAACGAAGCGCCGAUUUUUCAAAGUUGCGAGUCUCAAAUUGUGUGGAUAACACCGGGAGUCAAUGAGUCUAUAGUCGUCUGGGAUUCUGAUUUGUUUGCUGUUGUUGAUGCUGUUGAUGGUCCAGUUUCCUGCAAGUUGUUCAUUCGUCAACGGAAACUUGACUAGGGUCCCUGUCGGAUUAAAUAAUACCUUACCUCUCGGGUUGACAACGCUGCAUUGUGAAGCCUCUGAUGCGGCUGGCAAUAAUGCUAACUGCCAGUUUACGGUAACUUUGUCAGAUUCUCCAGUGCCCACCACCGACCAAACAGACUCAGAAAGUGAAGUAACAUCAACUGAUGGUAGGAUAUCCACAACAGAGACCACUGAGAUCCCAACAACCGCGAAUGACAUCACUGAGUCUCCAUCGACUGACGACCAAACACCAGCAACUGACGCCACUGUGUCUGCCUCAACUAACGACCAAACGGAAGAGACUGCCGCAUCUGAGUCCCCAUCAACUGACGACCAGACACCAACAACUGACGCCACUGUGCUCCCAUCAACGGACGACCAGACACCACCAACUGACGACCAGACACCACCAACUGACGACCAGACACCACCAACUGACGCCACUGUGUCCCCAUCAACUGACGACCAGACACCACCAACUGACGACCAGACACCACCAACUGACGCCACUGUGUCCCCAUCAACUGACGACCAGACACCAACAACUGAAGCCACUGAGUUCCUAUCUACGGACGACCAGACACCACCAACUGACGCCACUGUGCCCCCAUCAACUGACGACCAAAUACAAGAGACUGCUGCCACUGAGUCCCCAUCAACGGACGACCAGACACCACCAACUGACGCCACUGUGCCCCCAUCAACUGACGACCAAACACAAGAGACUGCUGCCACUGAGUCCCCAUCAACUGACGACCAGACACCAGCAACUGACGCCACUGAGUCCCCAUCAACUGACGACCAAACUUCAGCAAUGUCCACAUGGACUGGUGGCCAAACACAAGCAACUGGUGCCACUGUGUCCCCUUCAACUGGUGACCAAACGCCAGCAACUGUCUCCAAGGAAUCCUCGUCAACAGAGUUCACUGACUAUUCAACAAAGGGCAGGACACCCACAACCACAUCUGUUUCAACACACACCUCUGAGUCACCUUCUGCAGUGUGCACGUUGACAGAAUCAAGUUGCCAGCAAGGAUCAUUUGAUGACGUUCACUGUGAGUGUGUAUGCCCCAUGCCAGUAUCUGGCACAACCUGUCAAGUACCCAACCCGUGUUUAGAUGCCACCCUGUGUCCUGUAGAGGGACAGUCCUGCGUGGCAAACAUCUAUAGCGCCGUUGGCUAUGAUUGUGUUUGCAAUGCCUUGCUCGGGUAUCUCACAGAAGUAGAUGGCUCCUGUACAAGGAACGUUGCACGCGUGUUCAGACUCAGGAUUGUUGGUGUCAACGGGGACGCUAUCAACUUCUUGCCCACCUUCAGUAAUCCUACCUCUUCAGCCAGUAGAGAAGUUCUUCAAGUCACUCAGAAAAUAUUGCUCCAUAUCCUGAAGCGACAUCCCCUGACUUCUGCCGUUCUAGAUGUUGUUGGCAUCAACAUCCUCACCGGAGGAAGCAUUAUUGUCGAAUUCGUGGCUUUAUACGAAAACACCGCACCGGUCGUGCCAUCUCUGCAGACUGUUCAGAGCGUUCUGCAGUCUAAUCGUAGACUGCAGGACGCAUCGGAUUACCUGGCAGUGGACACGCAGUAUUCUACCACAGAACUAUCAACAGCAACCUGCCCCUCCAACUACUGUGCAAAUGGUGGAACAUGUGAUUUAGUUGGCCUCUACCCGACAUUUAUCCUAAACUGCAGAUGCAGUACUUCUUUCACUGGUGAACGCUGUGACAGCGUUAUCCCGAUCAUUGGAGACAUACCAACGGCUCCCCCCACGGGCGCACCAACCAAAACGCCAGGUCAAGGUGGUUUACCAUUGUCAACCGUCUUGAUCAUUGCACUUUGGCUUGUGGUGCUUGUUCUUGUCGUUGUCUUGCUGGCAUUCCUCUGUAUCAUGCUAAGACGUCGCUAUGCCAUAGCUGAGCCACCUUACGGUCGAACUGCCGGUUGGGUACAAGAUCUCGACCGUCAGGCCUGGGAAGGUGUCGACAACCAAGGCGUGAGCUCGUUUGCUGAGGAUAGGUAUGGCAUUCGUCGACUGCAACAGAUUCCAUCCGACCGAAGCAGUCAUUUCAUCAGACCAUACGUGGCAUCGGGCGAUGAAGAGAGGCUGCGACAUCAGUACCAAGGGAGACCAGUGGAACACUUUGAAGGACAAGACUGGCCCAAUCCCGCCAUCUCCGGCCACUACUAGAUCCGCAGGCCUCUCAACAUGACGAAUUUACAGCAUUUUUUUUUUUUAUAGGUGAUGGAAUAAUAAUUCAAAUGGUUUUGUCUGAUGUAAUCAAGUAUGCGUGGUAUUAGUAGCUUGCUUAAUUAUUUUGGUCAUGGUAUUAAAUGUGAAGAUUUUAUAUGUAUCCGUAUUGAUUUAAGGUGUAUAAUAAUAAUAAUAACUUUUAGAUACCGAAUUAGUUGUCGAUGAACCUGCAUAGUUUAUGCAUAUGGACCAAUUAGAAGUUUAAUUUGGUUUUGUCUGAUGCAAUCAAGUAUGGUGGUAUUAGCUCGCUUAAUUAUUUUGGCCAUGGUAUUAAAUGUGAAGAUUUUAUGCGUAUCCGUAUUGAUUUAAGGUGUAUAAUAAUAAUAAUAAUAAUUUUUAGAUACCGAAUUAGUUGUCGACGAAACAGCAUCGUUUAUGCAUGUAAAUAAUGGACUAAUGAGAAGUUUAAUUUGGUUUUGUCUGAUGCAAUCAAGUAUGCGUGGUAUUAGUAGCUCGCUUAAUUAUUUUGGUCAUGGUAUUAAAUGUGAAGAUUCUAUGUGUAUCCAUAUUGAUUUAAGGUGUAUUAUAAUAAUAAUAAUUUUUAGAUACCGAAUUAGUUGUCCACGAAACAGCAUCGUUUAUGCAUGUAAAUAAUGGACCAAUCAGAAGAUGGGAAACCCAAUCCUGCCGGAACAGCAAGGUGAACAAAUCACGUAAUGGUGGUCAGUUGUGUAUAUAACUAGGGGGAUGACACUAUUAUGGGCCUUGAUUUUUAGAGGGAUACUUAUACCCCGUGCUCUUAAAUAAAAGUGCCUACUAAAUGAUAUUUUUUUCCCCUAUAAAGAAUUUUCAUUUGUAGAAUUUUUUAACAAACAAAAUCUGAAAUAGGUCUCUCAUUUUACUCACCAAUGAACCCGUCCUGCGAGAGCCGAGUUAUUGUCUGGCAGCCAAAAUAAUUCGAAUUAUGUGAAGAUGUACUUCAACUAAACGUUGGUGGAUUUUUCGAUCGAUGUGUCAUUAAAAAGUCAAUAACUUUUACAUUGCUUGGGAAAAAAUACAUAGUUUUCGAGGUAAAAGUCGAAAAUAGCACGGGGAACGCAUCUUUAAACAAUAACAAGAUAUUUUUCUCUCACCCCAAAUUCUAAACGAUUGCUGGGAGGCGGAGUUGGGUGGACACAGGCCUCGAUCCCCACCGUGGGCAGCCCUAAACGGGACUGCAGACGAAACUGCUUUGGGUGACAAGAUUUUGCAGAGAACGAUUAAAGAAAGUGUCACACACAAACACGUCCAAACCUCUAGUGACGCAAAUCGCCAGUUCAUAAAAAGUUGUAUUAUUACUAGUUUUGAUGGGAGCCUAUGAUUUUAAUAUUUUUCAUUGAACCCCAUUUUAAUGUGAUUUUCUUGGUUAAACAAUAACGUGUCAAAUGUAAUCACAAUGACCUCACUUGGCCUAUUUGAGAUUUGGCAGACAGGAGGAGGGCGCUGUUUCAUUUGGGAAAAGUCUUUUGUAUUUACCCAAACCUAAUAGCUGCCUCCUAUUGUGUCAGCCAUAUCUCAAAAUGGGCUAGAAAUAUUAAUGUUUCUAUAUCUUUAUCACGUCGUCCAGAUACUUGACUCAAUGUUGUAAAAAGACUUAAUUGUUUGCAUUACAGGUGGUUUGUGUUGAUAUUAUAUUAGGUAAUUAAUACUGUUCUUUAUUAGAUGGGUAAUACUUUACAGUGUUUUGAUAUUUGUCACUGUUUUCACUUAGUUGUUUACUUUUGAUAAAUAUUGGUAAUUCAUAUUAUUGGUUGUAGAGUUAGAGUUCUUAUUGCUCUCUUGUUUUUAUCAAUGUUUAUAUUCUGUUGAUUUUUUACUUCAAGUAAUGAAGAGCAGGGAUGUAGUCCGGUCCAUCACAAGUCCCUGACAAGUAAGCCCAUGACAAGUCCUUCAGUCCCAAUUCAACUCGCAAGCACUUCAAACGAUCUUUGACAAAGGCAUUCCUUGAGACUGGACUUGAGACUGGACUUUUGAUGGACUUGUGAUGUAAUGGAUCCCGCUCUCAGUGUACAUGUAUAUCAAUCAAGUGGCUGUUUGUCAUACUAAAUACCUUAGAUCUGCAAUACCGGUUACCAUACCAUGUUGAAAUACUUUUCCGGUGUUAAUUAACAGUAUCAAAUAUUUUCAUUUUGUUUUCGGUUGGCACUAAAUUAGCCUCUACAAAUGUUAUAUUGCACUUCCUUCUUAUAUAAUUAUAUCAUCAAGGGCAGAUCCAGGGGGCCAAAGGGGGCCACCCCCCCCCCCCCCAAAAAAAUACAAAUAACAGCCCAAGUUUUUUUUAAGUGGCGUCGCCGAAAGGCAGCCGCUGCGUACACCACCAUCCUCAGAUCGCACCACACAGCAUCUAAAAUCCCCCCCCCAAAAAAAAUCGGGGCCUUUAAGCGGGCACCGAAUCCCACGCCGUAAAUUGUUGGACCCGCUUUUUUUGAUAACAAGAUAUCAAAAUAUACUAUCCUUACUACUUGUCCAUAGACAAAGGGCCAAUUAAAUUCAUAAUUGCUCUCUGAAAAAAAAAAUCUGCGGAAAACAAAUGUAUACUCUUUGUUCCCUCCCAUCUUAGCUAACUCAAAAGUAUUGACACUGAAUAAAUGCAAAGAUGUUAUUAGGGCCAACUCAUUUUUUGCAGCUCACUUUUUUUCCAUUUUUGUUGUUGCAAUAAACACACAUUUAUCCACA